GUUUGCACAGUCUGGUCACUCUGCGCUCUGUCGAAAAGUAAAAUAAAAAUAAGAAUUAUCAUGUCGACGCUGCAGCUGGAAUUCUCGCAGGCCAUGACCGACUUCAAGAAGAUGUUCCCGGACAUCGACCGCGAGGUGAUCGAGGCCAUCCUGCGGGCGAACCUGGGGGCCGUGGACCAGACCAUCGACGCCCUGCUGGCCAUGUCGAUUGACAACCAGAACGAGAAACUGCGCAAUGAACUGGAUGCUAAUGUCUCGCCCCAGCAGAGCCUCAUCAACCUGAACGACUCGGCCAAAGACCUGCAGCUGGUGGACACCACGGACGGCGUUGCACCGGGAGCGGGUGCAGGAGCAGUUGGAGCUCCCAGCUCCCUACUGCCGACGGCUGGAGCCUCGCCGAGCCAUCAGAAUACCGGCGCCUCGCCCAAGCAAAGACCCCUGGGAUCGGCCAACAGCCAGAACAACACCCCCACCAAGCGCAGUCGUCGCUGGAAUCCCCCCAUUCUGGGGCCACUGCCGGCAGGUUUCCUGCGGAUCACGCCCGCUCCCGGACAGCAGGACUUCGAGCUGCCCGACGAACAGUUCGCCCUGAUGCUGCAGAACGAGGAGUUCAUGAACCAACUGCGCUGGAACCAGGACUUCAUGAACGCCCUCGAGAAGGAGCAGAGCGGCAAGGCCAAGGGCGAGGACGACGCCCCCUUCCAGGAGCGGCUCAAGAACAUGGGCAAGAUGUCGCGCAAGAAGUUCCUGCAGAUGGCCCGGGUCUUCACCUGGCAGCGCAACAAGAAGGUGACCACAGCCAAGCAGAUAGACUCGCUGCCGCUGCGCGAGGAGCCCAGCGACGAUGAGGACCACCACCACAGCAGCCAGCAGCGGGAUCCGGCAAACCAGCAGCAGUCCAGCCAGCAGCAAGGACAACUGCAGCUGCGCAAGUGAAGCGGAACGUUCGGUUAUCUUAUCUCAACGGCCAUAACGUGACGAUCACGUGCGCUAGUAAUCUCUCCCCACAAACAGAAACCAGAAACCGGAACCCAGACCCCAGUAAUCUCCAGGCAAGAACGAAAUCUCCUAUCAACCAACCAAUCUCAACACAAAGAUGCGAUGGUAUUACCCUAGUUUUAACCUUAAGUGCAAUUUUUAACCUACCUACGUGCAAUAUUCCCCCCAUUAUAUGUUUGUAUACGUUUUGUUUACCCUUUCGUUGUUGCCAAAUUAGCGUAGUUAAGUUUUUAUCCAUUAUUUGUAAUCGAAGCUGAAGGCGGCCUCUUUUGAGCCGCGUUUGCUAGAGAGCCACACUCAUACACUCGUUCGACUGAUUAUAGAAAGCGUUAAUUAACAAAGCAUCACACUAAACACCAGGAAUCUGAGACGAGUCCCAAGUAGAGCACUUUGCUUAGCCCAAAACCUAGUCAUAAAGCGGAACUCGAGCCACUUAUUGUACAGUAAUCGAAAAUACCACGUAAUCCCUGUCUUAACUUCCACUUUCUACAUUUUAACUGCUGGCCAGCGCUUCGCCAACUUCUACGAAAAAGCAUGAAUUAUUAUUGUAUAUCCAAAGCCCGCGAAUCUCUCGGAACUUGCAUACCAUAUCAGCUGUGGAUACAAUGCAGUUUACUACACCUACGCCCCCAACUUAACUCCAAAUCGAUCCUAUCGCAGAUCUUACAGUGGAUUUAUAUGCGUGCUAUAAACUAGCAAAUUAUUAUAAUUAUAAAGAGCGGCUAUUUGAUUGUAAUUGUAUAUGUAUAAAUAUUUGAAUAACAAAAUUAUAUAACUAUUCCAAGUAUCAAAUACAGAUAUUUCAAAAC